AUGGCUUUAAUUUAUUUGGAUGACAAUGAUCCUUGGAUCACGCAGCAUGAUGAAUGCGCAAAACUUCUUGAUGAAAUUAUGGAGCAGCUCAAUCAGCGACAGAGCAAACCAAAAGCUUCAUUGGCAUUCGCUAGUUUAUCUGCGAAUAUUAGGUUCCAAAUGAAUCAGUAUUCGGAUCAUAUUUCUCAAUUGAAGAAAAAAGUUUCUGAAGCUUUAAAACUUCGGGUUAUAACUGUUGAUGAAGCAGAAAGACGUACCCGCCAGAUAGAACAGCUCCAAAGUAACUACGUCAAAAUAAAGCGUCUGUAUGACGUGAAAAUGAACCCAGCUGCUUCUGAAAGGCCUAGUUUGUUUGGGAAUUCAAGCUCUGCGUUUGCAGAAGGUGGAACCGUCGGUUGGGACGACCAGAAUGACCAAGAUCAGAAUAGCAAGAGCGGGGCCUUGAUGAGCUGUACAAAGUGAUAACAAGACAAAAAACAAUAGCCCAGACGAUACACACUGAAGUAGACCAUCAGAAUGAAAUAAUCGAUGAUCUAGCCGAGCAUAUGGAGCAAACCGACGAAAGAUUGAUAGACGGAACAAGACAAAUUCGCUUUAUAGAGAGAAAAGAUCGUACUUGUGGGUACUGGGUUGUAAUAAUUUUAUUGUUCAUCAGCAUAAUAUGCGUUGCUGUUGUAUAA